AUGAAUACAGUAGAAGAUCUCGGAAGUUAUAAAAUUCAACUUCAGCAGGUCGAAGCAGCACUACUCACUGAACCAGAUAACGAUGAGCUAUUAAAGCUGAAAGUCGAUUUGCAGGAAAUUAUCACCCUUCAAGAAGAAUUAAAAUCAUCAACAGUCGAACAACCAAGCAGUACGACUUCUGACGAUGCUAAUAAAAAUUCUUGGAAGGUGGGGGAUCAGUGCAUGGCGCCAUCUUCGAAUGGGCAAAAAUAUUUGGCAGUAAUUGAUGGGUUUGCACAAGAUAAUGUCGCUGUUACACUCGUCGGUAAAGGAACAAAGACUAUGGUUAACGUGAGCAAUUUAAGUGCGGUUUCGAAAGAUGAUAGCAAAAUGUAUGUUUGGGAAAAAUCAACCAAAAAUAUCCGUCACCGCAAAAGCGAAUGGCAGAUGGAACGUGAAAGACGACGAUUACGAGCACUGAAAAAAGAGCACCGGAAAAAGGAAUUAGAAGAAGCAAAGGAGGACGAGAAGAGGAAAUGGCUUUCUUUUAAUGCAAAAGCAGCAAGUCGAAGCAUGAAA